UCUUGUUGCUUCAAGUCAACUGCAAUGGCUUCUUCUUCUUCUCAAGGGAAGUAUGAUGUUUUCCUCAGUUUCAGAGGUGAGGACACUCGAGACAAUAUUACCAGUCACCUUAAUGCAGCUUUGCGUCGGAGGAAGAUUGUUACUUUCAUCGAUGAUGAACUUGUGAGAGGAGAUGAGAUUUCACCAUCUCUUUUGAAUGCGAUUAGUGGAUCAAAGAUUUCAAUCAUCAUAUUCUCGAAAGGUUAUGCUUCUUCUACAUGGUGCCUCCAAGAACUUGUUGAGAUCCUCAAUUGCAAGAGAAUGUUCGGUCAGAUUGUGAUUCCAGUGUUCUAUCAUGUAGAUCCAUCAGAUGUAAGGAAGCAAACAGGGGCUUAUGGAGAUGCAUUUGGUAAGCAUGAAGGAAGAUAUAGGAAGAGGAAAGAGAUGUUGCAGAGAUGGAGGAAUGCUUUGACGGAAGCAGCCGAUUUAUCUGGCUUUGAUUCAAAUUCCAUCAGGUGAAUGCUUUUUCUUUUGAGAUAUAUAUAUAUAUCUUAAACUAAUAUUUUUUGUGUUGCUAUGAGAUAAUUCUUCCAUAUAGAAGUCACUUUGAGUUUUUCACGGUAAACCAUUUAUUAUUGAAGUAGCAUUUUUUACUUUAUGUUAUAUGUAAAAUCAAUUUUAUACACACACACACACAUAUGACAUGUUGGUAAUUUAUUAUAGAAAGAAGUGUUUUUAUAGCAACAAAACUAAAUGAUCUGAAGUUGGAAAGAGCUUUUUUUAUUGAUAACCAAACUAUCAUCAGUUUCAUUACAAAAGUUGUAUUUCUAUAAGAUCUAUUUAAUAAAUGCCAUAUGCUUUUCUUGGAAAAUCUGAACCAAAUAUGGGCUCUUGAAAUCAGA